CUCCGCCUCCCCGCCUGAUCUGUGUCUCUCUGUUUCCGUUCCUAGUGCAUGGUGGGCGAAGGGAGGAAUUGUUGGAAAAAAAGAGAUAUGUUAUUGGCACAGAUAAACAGAGAAACCCAAAGUAUGGCGGAAUUCCAGGGAAUGGGCAACGGUCAGCAUGUCACACUGUGCCUAACUGAAGCUGUAGCAGUAACAGAUGGUGAUCGACUGGAAAAUAUGGACGGUGUGAGUUUACAAGCUGUUACUCUUGCAGAUGGAACUACAGCAUAUAUUCAACACAAUCCUAAAGAUGGGAAGUUAAUUGAUGGUCAAGUAAUUCAACUAGAGGAUGGUUCUACAGCAUAUGUCCAACAAGUUUCAGUCCCAAAAUCAGGAGAUUGUUUGCGUUUUGAGGAUGGACAGGCAGUCCAACUAGAGGACGGAUCAACAGCGUUUAUCCAUCAUACACCAAAAGAUGGCUAUGAUCCAAAUGCAGUGCAAGCAGUCCAGUUGGAAGAUGGAACUACUGCCUAUAUCCACCAUACAAUACAAGUUCCACAAUCUGACACUAUUCUUACCGUUCAAGCUGAUAGCACCCUGGCAGGAUUACAUACAGGAGAAACCACAGUAGAUCCUGAGACCAUCACUGCACUUGAACAGUAUGCUACAAAAGUAACAGCUGAUGGAAGCGAGAAUGUCAGUAGUACAGGAUUAGUGAAUGAGAGUGAUCAUGAGAAAAAAAUGCAGAUUGUUCUUCAGGGUCAUGUAACUGCACGAGUGAGUGCCAAGGCUCAACAGUUGGGAGAAAAGGCUUUUCGUUGUGAAUAUGAGGGUUGUGGAAGACUGUACACUACUGCUCAUCAUCUCAAGGUACAUGAGCGGGCACAUACGGGGGAUCGCCCGUAUAGAUGUGAAUAUCCAAGCUGUGGAAAAGCUUUUGCUACAGGAUAUGGAUUAAAAAGCCAUACAAGAACCCAUACAGGAGAAAAGCCAUACAGAUGCCCAGAAGAAAGUUGUGACAAAGCGUUUAAAACCUCAGGGGAUUUGCAGAAACACAUCCGAACUCACACAGGUGAAAGACCAUUUAAAUGCCCUUUUGAAGGCUGUGGCAGAUCGUUCACCACAUCAAAUAUUCGUAAAGUGCAUAUUCGGACUCAUACAGGUGAAAGGCCAUAUUUCUGUCCAGAGGCUGGCUGUGGAAGAGCCUUUGCUAGUGCCACCAAUUACAAGAACCAUAUGAGGAUACACACAGGGGAAAAGCCUUAUGUAUGUACUGUACCUGGUUGUGAUAAGCGUUUCACCGAGUACUCCAGUUUAUAUAAGCACCAUGUAGUUCAUACCCAUUCUAAACCUUACAACUGUAACCACUGUGGCAAAACAUAUAAACAGACCUCUACCCUAGCAAUGCAUAAACGAACUGCACAUGGAGACAGUGAACCAACUGAAGAAGAAGAAACUUUCUUUGAAUCACAGGAUGUUACCUCUGGAGAUGAAAUCCUUAAAGGACAACCAAUUACCUAUGUAACCGGAGUUGAAGAAGACAAUGGAUUAUCUGGACAAGUUACUACAGUUGCUCAAGCAGACGUAGGUCAACAUAUGGCCCUUAUUGCCCAAGAUGGUACACAGCAACAGGUCAACAUAUCUCAGACAGAUCUGCAAGGAAUUGGCAAUACUAUAACAAUGGUUACGCAGGAUGGCACUACCAUCACAGUCCCAACGCAUGAUGCAGUUAUUUCAACACAAGAUACGCACUCGGUUACAAUGGUGACAACAGACGGUUCAGAUGGUCAACAGGUGGCUAUAGUGACACCAGAUUGUGAGAUGAGAGGUGAGGCUACUAUAGCUGCAUUACAAGCUGCAUCUGUUGAAGUGGAAAAAAUAGUUACCCAACAGAAUCAUGAGCAUCAUUUAGUAACUGGAGGAGCGCGACCUGUAACAUUACUGGCUACGGCAAAUGGCACUCAAAUUGCAGUGCAGCUUGGCGAGCAGCAAUCAUUGGAGGAAGCAAUCAGAUUAGCAUCUAGAAUACAACGUGGUGAAUCACCAGGACUUGAUGAACAUCAAUAA